AUGAUAUCGCAGGUGGUUUGGACGGCGCUGCUGUUCUCAGCGAUCGGCAGUGCUUUCUCCUAUGACAUCAACUCUUAUAAUUCCGACCUCGGCGUCUACGUGGGCGACCUUUCCAGUACGGAAUCGGAUAUUGCCGGCCAAGUCUUCAUAGUCAACGCCACCACCCUUCAAAUCUUCAAUCUCACGUUCACUCCAGUCCAGCAAGACCUCUACUUCUGGCUAGAUGUAAAGGAAAGCCCGACUAAGGACGGAAUCAAAGCCGAGACUCAUGAGUACGGAAUCACUCCACUCGGACCCUUCCCUGCCGAUCAGGACAGAGUUGUGGUGCAUGUUCCUGAGAAGCACAGACUCGAAGAGUUCAAGUCGUUCUCAAUCUACUCCUUCAAAACUGAUGUAUGACAUAAAAAAUGGGUACACGUAGGAAUAAUUGUAAUUUUUUAGAAAAGUUUUGGAUCUUUGAUCUUCCCGGAAAACUUGAAGAUUCCCAAAUCGGUCGCUCUUGCCGCUGAAUUUUCUGGAAAAAGAUACAAGCUGAGAUCGGGUCCACUGUAUGUCAUCGACAGAAGAACCAUCAAGGUGUACGGAUUCACAUUUGAAGGCAACAAGGCUCCAAGUACGUCCGCAUUUCCCACUUUUCCUCUAACGUUUUCCAUUCAGAAACGUAUUUCUAUGCCGGUCGCGGAUCGAGCGUUUCCUACUCUUCUGGCGUGAAAAUUGCGAUUCGCGGAAAAGACGUGAAGGAGUGAGUUUGUUCUUUGACAAACAUUUGUUACAUGACCGCCAGGAGAGCCAGGACUGACCUCGUACCUGAUCACACUGUCUCUCUCGCACCCAUUAACAUUAGACGCAGACAUUUAGUCAGUUUUUGCCGCUCUCAGCAGUCUCCUCUUUAAUUCCGCUCUUUCUACCCAACAGAUGAUAAAAAGUCGUGCGACCAGCGGCUUCCUAUCACCCGACCCAAAUAUUAGAUAGAUAAAUGUUCUUUCUUAUUCGCUAGUUGUCAUGAUUAUUCCAUUCGGCAGGCAUAAAAUAAGAAUAAGGGAGAAAACAUUGGCUCAAUUGGCUACUAUUUACUUUCUAGGGUUUGCGUGAGUGUGACCGACCAGGUUUCUCUGCGUAAAUAGUAAGUUUUUCUUUCAGAAUUAGUGAAAUCAGCGAAAACUACCGCGGCGGAAAGGAUAUCAUUCUUGAACUGCCGGAGAAUUAUGACAUCUUCCACAUUGACUGGAUCUCCGUCUAUUGCUACAAAUACCGGGUCAACUUCGGAGCGGUUCUCGUUCCGACCGAUGACACACUUGCCAACCUGCCUCCAUACGUGCCGACAAUCGCAAGGGUAAGUCACCAAACGAUUACAAGAAUCACUUUAAGGUUUAUGGACAGGUCACUUAUGACGUUUUACAGAAUUCUGAGGAGAAACCAGCGGCACGAGGAGUGUUGAAGGGAUCCGUUGAGAGAAGAAACUUCACUUUCCAGCUGGGAGAUACGGAAAACUGCAAAAACCUCUACGUACGUCUUGUACCACUGAUUUCCAGUUGGAAAAUUUAGUUUUUAGGGAUUCCCAGCACUCCGUUCUCCAAAAUACGUCUGGCAUGUGAACAGUUUGAUGACCCCCGACCUAUAUUUGAUGAGAAAUGUGACUUACACUUUCAAGUAAGUGCAUUAUUCAGUGAUGUCUGAAGUAUGCAUUGUCUAUUUCAGUGUGGAAGGUGGCCGCGAAAAGAUGAUUCCGGAGUUCUACAAUCCUCUGUACAUUGGAGACGAUGAGAACGGUGGAUACAACGAGUUGUCUGAAAAUGAGGCCGAAAGAGUGACCAUCUACUCGCAGGGACCUGUUGAAAGCAAUGUCGGACCCCUUUGCCUCUGGAUGCACAACAAAGGUAAGGGAGAAUUAAAAAGUAAUUAAAUCAUUCUUUGUUUAGAAAAGUCUGCAAACACGCCGGACAUGUACUUGGACUGUGAUGGUUGGCCGGAGGACGUUCACUCAUUCGCGUUCACUCCAAACGAGACCACGCCAUCUGUUCUUUAUUAUAAUGUGCGUCAUAAUAUCGGAUAGCAGGGUCAAACAGAAUUUGUAUUUUUAGAGCGGAAAUAACUUCAACAUGGGCGGCAGAAUCUUCAUUGUCGAUGAGCUCCCGGAAGACGUCGCUGACAACGUGGAGGCCCCGUACAGCCGUGAAAAGUGGCACACGUUGGCCAUGAGCCGCCAGAGAGCCGACAAAGUCAACGGCGGAAAGGCGACUCUUGCCGCCAUCUUCCUCAUGAUCGUCACAAUCAUUCUUAUCUAA